AUGUCUUUGGCUAAGAAAUACAAAGCGGAAGAGGAGCAAGCCAAAAAAGAUAAUACCCCAGAGUGUAAAAAAUGCAAGUUGCGACGAAAGCAAGCCAUCUCUUUCCUAACCAACUGUGAAGGCCGAUGUCAAGAGUGCAUAAACAAGAAACAAAGGGAAGAGCAGAAGAAAGAUAACAAUGAUAAAUAUGUUCCCCCAGUUGAUAAUCCCCUCUCCCUAGAUAAUUCCCCUAAAAAUAAUGAAGAAAAUUUUCCUAAUUCUGACGAACCUAAUAAUUCCUCAUCUACUCCCAUUAAUCCUUCCUCCCAAACUGAUAACGAUAAGCAGAAAGAAAGAACCUGUCGAACCUCCCCCGAGAGGAAAAGCCCUCAUCAUCAGGAAAACAGAAUGCCAAAAGGGAGAUAA